AUGGGCCUUCGUUGUAGAGAGUUCUGGAAUUCUAUUGGAAGUCCCUCACGAAUUGUUGCUCCUAUGGUUGAUCAAUCAGAGCUUGCUUGGAGAAUUUUGUCACGUAGAUAUGGUGCAGAUUUAUGUUAUACUCCUAUGUUUCAUGCAAAAAAAUUUUGGUCAUCUCCUCAAUAUCGUAAAAAUGUUUGGAGUACCUUGGAUAAUGGAGAAGAUCGACCUUUAAUUGUUCAAUUUUGUGCAAAUGAUCCAGAGGACUUUUUAAAAGCAUCAAGAAUUGUGAUAGGAAAAUGUGAUGCGGUUGAUUUGAAUCUUGGAUGUCCUCAAAAGAUUGCAAAACGUGGAUAUUAUGGUGCUUAUUUGCAAGAAAAUUGGGAUUUGAUUUCAAAAAUAAUUAAACAUGUUAAUGAGUCUCUUGACAUACCUAUAACUGCUAAAAUUCGUAUUUUUUCAGAUAAAGAAAAAACAUUAGCUUAUGCUCAGAUGAUUAUAGAAGCAGGAGUUUCAAUUCUAGCAGUUCAUGGAAGAACAAGAGAACAAAAAGGAAAUUUGACUGGAUUAUCUGAUUGGAAUCAAAUUUUAUAUUUAAGAGAAAACUUGCCUUCAGAUAUUGUUAUAUUUUCUAAUGGAAAUAUUCUUUGGCCUCAUGAUGUCGAUAAAUGUUUGAAAGAAACAAAAGUUGAUGGUGUUAUGUCUGCAGAAGGAAAUCUUUAUAAUCCAUCUAUUUUUAAUCGCUCCGAUACACGUUCAAUUAUUACAGAGAUUGCUAAAGAAUAUUUGGACAUUAUUGUAAAUUAUGGAUUGGAAAAUGAUAAAAGCUGCAUAAAUGCUGUGAAGCCACAUUUAUUCAAAAUCCUUCGUACGGGAUUGUCUAAAUAUGCGCAUUUUCGAAAUGAAUUAAGGGAAGUAAAAUCAAACGAAUUGAAAAAAUGUUUUAAAAUAGUUGAGGAACUUGACAUCUUAGUUAAGGUAUUUUUUUAUUAG